AUGUAUAAAAAUCUUGUGCCCUUAAUCAAUUUAUUUAACGAAUUUCAAAAAGGGCUCCUCAAUGUCGCCUCCCAUCCACUCCAAAUCAUCUUCAUCAUAACUCAUAUACCUCCUCCAAAACCAGUGCUCCCUCCAUAUCCUAUCCAUCUUCUCGAUCGGCACAUUCUUCGUCUCCGGCAACAGAAAGAAAACGAAACCCGUCAUCAACGCCACCCAUCCCCCGAAGAAAAAGAAGGUCCCCGACUUAAGAUGACACAGAAUCGCCAAAAACACCUGCCCUAUCACGAAACUGAACAAGAAGCUGACCGCCACAGUUAUGCUCUGCCCCGCCGAACGUAUCUCCAACGGGAAGAUCUCGCUGGUCACAAGCCACCCGAGCGGGCCCCACGAGAACCCGAACGCCGUCACGUAGACGCAUAUCAGGACCACGAUCGCCGCGUUGUAGCCCGGGCUCAGCACUCCGUAGUCGCCGAGCUUCUCGGCCAUGAUUCCCCCGAUCGCCAGCUGGGUGGCCAACAUGAGGGCCCCACCAACAACAAAUAUCACCCGCCGACCCACACGAUCCACGAGAAGGGACGAGAGCGCGGUGGAGAAAAUCCCGAGGGAGGACAAAGAGAUAACCGCAAUCCCAGUCAUCUGCUGGAAGAAGGGGAUCGCCACCGCCAUCACGAGGUAAGGUCGGUAACGCCUCUUCAGGAUUUUCCCAAACGGGGCCUUCAUCUGCUGGGCCGCGUACGUGGCGGAGAGGAGGUCGUCCAGCUCAGCGUCCACGUCAUCCGUCCCACGGAUUUUCUGGAGGAGCUUCCUGGCGUCCUCCCCACGCUGGAUAAGGCUGGUGCCGAGGAUGAGGACGGAUGCAGGGACGAGAGCUGUCGCCAGAGAAAUUCGCCACCCGAGAUCGCCGCUGAUUUUGGAGGUGACGUAGUUGAGGAGGAAUGCGCCCGUGCUCCCGAUGCUGAGGAAGCAUUGGAAACUGAAGUUGAAGGCUCCUCUCGGGACAGCUUGGUUGGCAAAACCGACUCCAACUCCGAGAAGGAGGCGUCCGAUCAUCAGCGUGUAGAGGUUUUCGGCGGCGCCGCCAAUGGCGGCCCCACUGAAAAACGCAAUUCCACCGCAGAUGAUAGAGCGCUUGCGGCCAUAUUCCAUAGUGACGCGCGAAGCAAAGAAAGAGGCGAUGAGGCCAGAUACACCUCAGGGAAGAAUUUCUUCAGGAAUGGCUCCAUUGAGCCAAAGAGCAGUCCACCGGUGGCUGCAAUAAUACAUGAAAGCAAGACG